GCGGUUCCCGCCAUCCGUUCGCGCUUUUCUGCCGAAUGUGUUUCUUUUUGUUCGUCUGCAAUGGAAAGUUCACGCGAGGCAGUGCUGCCUUUUGCAAUUGUGAAAUUUCUGGAUGAAAGUGUGGCUGUGGUGGCAUGCUCCUGGAUAGAUGAAGAUGGAUGUCGAUGGCCCCCUUCAAAAGAUAGGAAAAACAUUGGAGCACUGGUCCGGAAACAAAAAGAACCAGAACCCACAUGGAAGCAACUUUCCUGCAAAGUGCUGGAGAGAUAUGCAACAUAUGAUGCAGCUCGGGCAAAUUUGUCUCUGGCUGAAGAGACAUCCGAUCUCAAUGCUGAGAUUCAGUAUGGUCGUGGCAAACGCAAGAAAAGAAGCGCCAUAUACUCUGAUAGCGAGGAAUCUCAGCCACCUACCCCUCCUCCACCUUCUCGUACUACACACAAAACCACGGGGCAGGUUGCAAAAAGCAACACCAAGGGCAAGGCUCCGCCAUUUUCAUCUAGAUCAAGCCAGCAAGAGAGCACACCGCACUAUACUUCACAGUCACUUAUUGACGAUAUGGUGGAGGAGAAUGCUAACAUCUUGCCUCUUCCUGAAAUGCAAAGUCAGCCUCGACCAUCCCCUUUUAGUGACCCUCAAGGAGCAAGCUUCCAUGGACUGCACAGGGCACCACGUCGGCUACCUUCCGACUUUCAUGGAACUCGAAUUCCCGAACGCAGCUACCUUAGCCAGAGGUGCACUAACGGUGAUGAGUACUCGUUCUCGCAGAGCAGCCUCCAAGAGUGUGAACGACAACCGUAUGAACAUAACAGCCAGGCCCCGGCAACUUAUGGUGACAAGAGGACUUUCAGCAGAAGACCUGCGCAGCAGCAACUAAUCGAUCAUUUUCAUAAUGACAAUGAUUUGGGAUGCACACCAUCCAUUUUGAGAGAAGUUUUGCUCAGGAUUGCAUCUUCCACAGCUAGAGAGUCACAAAGGUCUCUGUCAGAGAUAGCAGGAGAUUCACGUUCAAGACAAAGAUCCUACGGCAACAGCAGUGAUGCUUCUACAGCAAGUCAGCCCAAAGCAGAAUUUGAGAAGAAGGUCAUCAGAUCCUUGAACAUGAUAACGCUUCGUCUUCAGCAGCACUCGGAACAACUAGACGUCAUAACUUCACAUUUGCAAAAGCCUCGGGAUCUAAGUACAGAUGAUGUCCUCACAGAGCCCUUUACUGAUGUGGAGAGUCUGCUUGCCUUUGACAGAGGACUUCAUGCAUCGUCUGGAAAGAGAGAGAAACUGCUCCAGUACAUAAUAACCCUUGGAGGCAACAACAAUGGGGAUAAAGCGAGACGUUUUUUGUGCCAACUCAUGACUGAUGCCGUUGCACUCCAGUUCAGCUGGAAAGGGGCACACGGAAAAAACCGAUUCAAAAGCCUGGAAUGUGCAAGCAUUAUCUGCCGUGCUAUCACAAUGACUCCCAAUUCUGGGACAAUUGCAGAAACAGAAAAGGCAAUUAUGACCUGGCUUCGCCAUGCAGGAGAUAGAAUGAAGAAGAGGAACGCACAAGAGGAGGAUCUGUGAUACGUAGACUUUGAAGUUCAUGAUGUGAGUGCCUGCUCAUGUGCAAGAUGUGGUGCAAGAUGUGCUAUCUGUGAUAUGUGGACGAUAAGAUUUUUGCAUGAGCUAGCCUGCUCAUUUGUGAUAUGUGGACUUCAUAUUCUUAUUUUUAUUGUACCAAUCUUUUUUAAAUUGUUGCCUCUCUCCUUACCGUGUAUUAUCUGGCGUCGUGGUCUAAAAUAAGGUGACCAACAAAAGGGGUGCAGCCAAAUGUGCACAUACUACAAUAUGAUUAAGACUGGAAAAUCCAGAGCGCCAGAUAAUGUACGGUAACAUGGUAUAUAACUUUGGGUGUUAUACACCUAUGAGUUGGGGGGUGGCACUAGGAAGUGUUUGUUGUGACCAAGUCUAUGUGUUACUGACCUCAGGACUCCAUUUGGUAUUUUUAUUUGGCAUUUUUAUAUAUCGAGUUUCUUGUGUGAGCAGUCUGCUCGUUUGUGGUACGUGGACUUCCAUUUCAUAGUUUUAUUGUCAAGGGCAUUUUGUUCUUUUUAUAUUGUCAGCAUGGUUUGUACAGGGUGUGUCCAGAAGAAUGUAACCCGCAUUUAGGCACUUAGCUUGUUGUCUACCUAACUAGCAAACUUCUGGUGGCGCACGAUGGCGCAUUUAUGCGUGCGAAAUUUGCAGAAGAAUUGUGGAAGCCAUACUUAGCUUCAAAAAUAAAUGGAGCAACGAAAACGUCGGCCUCUGUGCAUCACAAUAGGGCAACAUGGCGGAUGCAGGAGAGUUGUGUUCAGGUACCGCUAGGGGAGCUAUCGGUGCAGAAUUCGAAACGUUGUCCCACAUGGAUGCUCAUCGGUAGUGCCCCUAGUGGUGCCUGCACAUAACUCUCCUGAGACCGCCAUGCACUAACAUGUACUGUCAUGACCACCCUAUUCUAAUGUAUGGAGGCUUAUGUUUUCAUGCUCUAUUUGUUUUUUUAUGCUGAGUAUGGCUUCCAGGAUUUUUUUGUAGCUUUCGCACACAUACAUACGCCGUCGUACGCCAGCGGUAGUUCCUCGGGUAAGUAGACAACGAGUUACAUGUAAAAACGCAGGUUACAUUUUUCUGCACACACUCUCUGUCAUUUUACCUAAAUAGUGCAUAUAGAAGUUGCAAUUUUCAGGUGCAUAUGCAAAUCAAAGGCCACCAGUGGGUCAUGUCGUCGUAAUACUAUGCAGAUUGACAUAUGUUUUAGCAUUGUUUACUUUAACACUCCUUUUCGGCAUCGCAGCUAAUGGGGGAGAAUACGGUAUUACCAGGUUUUGAGUACCUUUUUUUGUACUGGGACAGCCAGAGUAUUCAUUGCUGUAUUUCUAUUCUUUUUCUUGAAGAUGAUAGUACCUGAAUAUAAAGCAGUCGAAAUACUUGCUCUAAGUCAAAGGGUGUGUUCAGGUGUUCUUUUGUAUUUCAAACUUUUGUUCCAGUUUUUCGCCUUCAGCAUACCGUACUAGUCAAAAUAUGUUUCCUCUGUAGAAGCUGUCGAAGUGUGUGAUAUACAAAAUGUAAUAAAGUAUUUUCU